AUCAUAAUAUCGAUACAAUAUACUAUCCAUAUCUCAAAGUGAAUAUACCUAAACAGGUAUUUAAGUGAACUAUAUACACUGAUAAAAAAGAAAACAACUUAUUGUGAAGAACAAUAUCUUGGACUAAAACACAUCAUAGUAGAGAAUUUUGAGUUGAUUUAAUGUGAUCAAUUAUACCCAUAUAGUGUUUCGCAUGAGUACGACUUUUCGAAAUCGACAUUCGACAGAUAUUUUCACAGUUACAUUAUAGUUUUUAAAUUUUUUUUUAUAUGAAAAAAUAUACUAUUUAGUGUCUUCCAUAAACAGCAAUAAAAAAAAAAGAGAUCAUCUCAAAUUCUACAAGAAACAAAUCAUUCAGAGUUCAUUUAGUGUCUUUCUACUUCUAAAAUUCGAUCAAUUUUGCUAAGUAUACAUUGGUUUGUUGCUAAUGACAUUGGAAUGGAACGCAGUAUUGGUAUCAAGCGUCAGAAUUGUAGAUACAUACACGAAUUCUUUUUCCAUUACGAUAAUACAUGUUCACCUUUUUUCAUAAUUUAUUUUCUUGUCUAUAUAUUAAAUUACUUCAUCAUUAUGUGUAGAGAAAUUUUUAUUAAAAAUGAAUUCUUUUAGUAAAACAAUAUUGCUUUCUACUUCUGUGAUCUGUUCUCAAAUACAAUAAAUUAUUCAAUCAUGAUUGAACCAAUUGUUCACUCCUAUGUUUUUAUAUAAAUUAGCAAUUUGAAAAAGUAAAAAUAUUUUGAAACGUCGAGAUCUCAUUAAUUGCUGGCCGAGUCGGGUGCCGAAUACUCGAUCGGGUUGUGAACACUAAGCCACAUCCCAAGUAACGAGAUACUUACACUAAAUCAACUAAAAUUUCUCAUCUUUCAUAUCAUAUAGUUCACCUUUGAAUAACAAAUUCAUAACUCCUUCGAGUAAGACUUUGUGUAUAUAUUUCACUUGAUUGCUCUGUAAGAUAUUUUGAUUUUUAGGUGUUGAUACCAGAUAUAAAACUAUUAUGAUGUCUAUGAAGAGGAAAAAAAAAAGAUUUCUAAUUUUUGUAUUUGUUUAUUAAUCGUAACUGCUACUUUUUUAAUAGCUGCUGGUGAUUUAAUAGCUCGAGAAGCUGGUGCUUAUACAUGCGAUCCAUCAGGUGCUUCAUUAAAUCUCAUUCAUCGUCGUAUUUUAUGUGCAGCAACAAAAGAACUAGCUGAACAAAUUUCACCAUUACUUACACAUAUUGAUUAUCCUCAUGAUUAA